GGCGUUUCCAGUGAUUAUCACAUAUAAAUACUCCCAAUUUCUCGAUACCUCCAUUUAUGUCGGAAGAAAGUCUUCAUCCUCCAGAAGCUUCCCCAGUCAACUCAGAUCUUCUCUUCUUAUAGUGUUCCGUAGGUCGAUUUUGACCACCAUUCUUCAAUUUCAUCACUUCUUCCUCAUAAUCCCAUAUACAUUCGUCCUUCAUCGAAUCAGAGGGAUCCAAGUUGAUUGGGUUCGAAUCGUUUUUUGGGUACAAGAGAGGAACUUUAAUCUGAAGAUGGAGGGAGGUGGUGUGGUGUCAUCGGAGAAGCAGAGUGCAGAAGCAACUGCGGCGUCGUCUUAUACUUAUUGGGUGAGAGAAGCUAAACAAGAUGCUGCACCACUUCCUGUUCCUCGUAAGCUCACUUCUGAGGAUCUUUCAGUUGGGUCUAAAUCCUCUAAUCAUCUUGGUUCUGCCUGGAAUAAGGCUGGAACAUGGGAGGAGAAGAACUUAAACAAAUGGGCAACUGAAAGAAUCAAGGAGUUACUUCUGUCAGUUGGUUCUUUGGAGUUCACUUCUGGAAAGGCAGAAAUUGCAGAAGUAUCAAGAUGCACAGGAGAUGCAUUUUUGGUAACUGUAAGGAAUAAGAAACGAGUUGGAUACACGUAUGAAAUAACAUUGAAGGUUAAAGGGGAAUGGCUUAUUGGAGAAGAGAAGAAAACAUUUAAAGGCAAUUUGGAUAUAGCAGAGUUUUCCUUUGGGGAACUUGAUGAUUUACAGGUUGAAGUAAAGGUAAAUGACGAAAAGGACCUUGUUCAUCAAGAUAAACAACGAAUUCGCGAGGAUAUGAAGAUGUUCUUGAAGCCUCUCCGUGAGAAAUUGCUUGAGUUUGAAGCCGAACUCAAGGAAAGGUAGAAAUGAGUGAUGAUGAUGUUGUCAUCUCCUUAGCAUUUUAUGUUUUUUUUGUUGUUUUGAGAUAUUGAAAGAAUUUGUUUCAAAGGAACCUUAACUUUCUCAAACAUGUAAUUCUAGCUAAAGAACUUUAUUUGCAAGACAUUUCGAUA